CAACAGUCACCUGCGGCCCUUUUCCCUCGUUCUUUCACCUCUCUCUUUUCACUCCUUUCUUUAUCCCAUAUGGCUGCAUCUCUAACAGACACCGCAUUAUUCGCCGGCAUAAUAGUACUGGCCAUCGCCCUUUUGAUGAUCUUAUUUGUCUAUGCAUUCAACAACUCACGGCCUGGUAUCUAUCUGGAUGAUGAAAACUCUUCACAGGCUGGUCCACCGUCGUCAUUUUCAAGUCCUGCAGCCGAAUUCCCUGUAUCUAUGCAUCAAGUCGACCACCCUGUACCAACAAAGCACGCACAAUCCAUCCUUCCCUUAUAAGCUGAACUUUUGUUAAAAAUACGAUACCUCACCCUUUCUUCCUGUAAAGCUGUACGAUAAUAAAUUAACUCAAGUCCCCCAUUCAUGCGUGACUUGAUUUCCCCCGUUUAACCAAUUUUUUUAAAUUAUUCAUUUUUUUCAAGAACUCCAUUCACCCACUAUGCCAGCUGCUGUCAUUGACGGAAAGGCUAUUUCACAAUCGCUGCGCGAUCAACUUAAGGCCGACAUUGCCAAGCUGAAGGAGGCUCAGCCAGCAGUCAAUCCUAAAUUAGCACUUAUACAAGUAGGCACUCGAUCUGAUUCCUCGAGCUACAUUCGACUAAAGCAGAAAGCUGCUGCAGAGGCUGGUAUCGAGUUUGCACUUCAUCAAUUUCCUGAAACAGCUACUCUCAAUGAUAUCUUGAGCCAAAUUCAAAUAUUGAAUGAGGACAAUUCAGUCCAUGGCCUGUUGGUACAAUUGCCUUUACCCGAGCAUAUUGACGAAGCCCUUGUCAUUGAUGCUAUUAGCCCUAAAAAGGAUGUCGACGGCCUCCAUCCUGUCAAUGUUGGAAAGUUGGUGGUCAGAGGAAGUGCGCCGUUGAUUCAACCCUGCACACCAAAGGGCAUUAUGGAAUUGAUUCGGUCAACUGGUAUCACUAUUGAAGGAAAGAAUGCCACGGUAGUUGGCCGGGGUGACUUGGUGGGCGCUCCCAUGUCGUUGUUGUUAACUUCAGCUAAUGCAACUGUGACGCUUUGUCACACCAAGACAAGCGACAUUGUUGAUCAUAUUAAGAGAGCCGAUAUCUUGGUCGUGGCUAUAGGACAAGCCAAUUAUGUACAAGGUGACUGGAUUAAACCGGGAGCUGUCGUCAUUGAUGUGGGCAUGAAUUAUGUUCCAGACUCGAGCAAGAAGUCAGGUUAUCGAACUGUCGGCGAUGUGGAUUAUGCGGCUGCGAGCAAAGUAGCUGGCCACAUUACCCCCGUACCUGGCGGUGUAGGCCCUAUGACGGUUGCAAUGUUAAUGGACAACGUAUAUUUGGUCGCAAAAAGUAGCAGUCAAUAAUGAAGCACUUUGAGCGAUGUCAAUCUCAUGUUGACAUCGUGUUAUAGAAGCCUCCACGCAUAAGGCAGUGUCUUUAUUGCCUGCACUUUAAAAAAUAAAUAAAAUAUUUCAGACCUUUAGACAUACGG